GAUUUCCCGAUUAAUCUAACUGCGUACGGGACCAGGACAGGAAAUCACUCGUCCCUUGUGUCCCUCUGCAGGUACUCCUGCAGCCAGUCAGCAGCAUUUCUUCAUGGACGUCAUGAUGUGCUGGUAGACCAAAUGUGGAAGUUGUGCGCUGAAGUAAUGAAGACUCGGUUAAUAUGAUGAACAGAUAAGCGAGGCUGUGAACCUACUUCAGGCUGCUCCGGGGUUCAGAUCUAAGGACUCAGUUUGUUUCACAAUGUUGUCAUUCACUUCAGUUGUUGGCAUGAUUUGUGUUUUUUUAUACUUUCUCUCGCGCAUCAGGUACAGGAACAAUGGUGAAUGUUUUGAAGCAGCAAGACACACUACACUAGGAAAAGGAGAGAUUAUAAAUGUCUGUAAACACAUCUGCUUGUUGUGCCACGCAUAUCCUGAGUACCCGCCCUGAGAUGCCGUCCGGUCACACAGCUUUGCAAUUGUCCACUCAUUGGAAACACCUGCAUACUUCAGACUCAGAGAUGCAGUUAUUAAACAUGGUGUUCAUAAAAUAUAUUAUUUUCACAUGCUGCUGAAAGGAAUUUGGUCAAGAAUGGGAUCGUCAAGAAUAAUGAGCGUCACCGAUCUGGACUUGUGGACGGAUUUCUUCAAGAAUCUCGGAGUCUGAAAACAUGGAUGUCCCACCAUUCCUUGCAGCGGAAGAGUGUUUCUCUGCGCAGUGAAUGAAUGAAGAACAUGCGAGGAUUGCUAAUGGUUUGGGAAGCAUAUGCUGUCUCCAGUCUCUCUGCAUCUCUGUGACCAUGUCGUGAUCUUUUCCGUGUGCCAUCGACCGCUCUUGUUCGCCGUGCAUCUAGCCCUCCCGUGGAACCUGAUAAUUGAUAAUUGAUAACACAAAGAAGGGAAGCACGCCCCUGGAAUUGAUAUACAUACAAAAAUCAUGAAGAUUAUCUCUCCGCUUCUAAGCAAUCCGGUCUUUGAGUAUUCGAUUAGACUUUUCCUGUGCCUCUUGGGGAUGGGAUAUUCGCAAGGAAUGCCGCACGUUUUAAGAUUUGGGGGUAUUUUUGAGUCAGUGGAAAAAAGCCCAUCUGGGGCAGAGGAACUGGCAUUUAAAUUUGCUUUAAAUACUAUCAACCGAAACAGAACACUGCUGCCUAACACAACGUUAACGUACGACAUCCAAAGGAUAAAUAUUUAUGACAGUUUUGAAGCAUCCAGAAAAGCAUGUGAUCAGCUCUCUCUGGGGGUGGCAGCCAUCUUUGGUCCUUCUCACAGUUCUUCAGCCAACGCAGUGCAGUCCAUUUGUAAUGCACUUGGGGUCCCCCACAUACAGACCCGGUGGAAGCAUCAAGUCUCAGACAACAGGGAUUCCUUCUAUGUCAACCUCUACCCAGAUUUCUCUUCUCUUAGUCAAGCCAUCCUAGAUCUGGUACAUUUCUUCAAAUGGAAAACUGUUACUGUGGUCUAUGAUGACAGUACAGGUCUGAUUCGGUUACAAGAGCUCAUUAAAGCUCCAUCUCGGUAUAGUAUCCGCUUGAAGAUUCGGCAGCUUCCUGCAGAUACAAAGGAUUCCAAGCCUUUGCUGAAGGAAAUGAAAAGGAACAAGGAAUUCCACAUAAUAUUUGACUGUAGUCACGAAAUGGCGGCUGGGAUCUUGAAACAGGCUUUGUCAAUGGGAAUGAUGACUGAAUAUUAUCAUUACAUUUUCACUACCUUGGAUAUUUUUGCCUUGGACUUGGAGCCUUACCGUUACAGUGGAGUGAAUAUGACGGGGUUCCAGAUUCUCAACACUGAGAACAGCCAGGUUGCCUCCAUAAUUGAAAAAUGGUCGAUGGAAAGAUUGCAAGCCCCUCCCAAACCUGGCUCAGGCUUGCUGGAUGGUUUCAUGACGACAAAUGCUGCUUUGGUGUAUGAUGCCGUCCACGUUGUAUCUGUGGCUGUCCAGCAGUCCCCACAGAUGACAGUCAGUUCAUUACAGUGCAACAGGCACAAACCCUGGCGCUUCGGAGGACGUUUCAUGAAGUUUAUUAAAGAGGCUCACUGGGAAGGUCUAACAGGGAGGAUUAUAUUCAAUAGUUCUAAUGGCUUGAGAACCGAUUUUGAUUUGGAUGUGAUCAGCUUGAAGGAGGAAGGACUUGAAAAGGUUGGAACCUGGGAAACCAACAGUGGGUUGAACAUGACUGAGAAUCGCAAAGGAAAGACGGCUAAUAUCACAGAUUCGUUAUCUAACCGGUCUUUAGUUGUUACAACAAUCCUGGAAGAGCCUUAUGUGAUGUUUAAAAAGUCCGAUAAACCUCUUUAUGGAAAUAGUCGAUUUGAGGGAUUCUGCAUUGACCUCCUCAAGGAAUUGUCCAAUAUCCUUGGAUUCACCUAUGAGGUCAGAUUGGUGGAUGAUGGGAGAUAUGGAGUUCAGGAUGAAAAAGGACAGUGGAAUGGAAUGGUCAGGGAACUGAUGGAUCAUAAAGCUGAUCUUGCAGUUGCACCCCUGACUAUCACCUACGUACGAGAGAAGGUCAUUGACUUCUCAAAGCCAUUCAUGACUCUGGGAAUAAGUAUUUUGUACCGAAAGCCCAACGGUACAAACCCUGGCGUUUUCUCCUUCCUGAAUCCUCUCUCCCCUGAUAUCUGGAUGUAUAUUCUGCUGGCUUACUUGGGUGUCAGUUGUGUGCUGUUUGUCAUAGCCAGAAAAACAGAGGCCAGUUGGAGUGUCAUUGCCCCUUCUGGUUGCGCUGAGCUAACUUACACAGAAAUGGAUCUUCCUACUCGGUUUAGCCCAUAUGAGUGGUAUAAUCCCCACCCUUGCAAUCCCGACUCAGAUGUGGUGGAAAACAAUUUUACCUUGCUAAAUAGUUUCUGGUUUGGAGUUGGAGCUCUCAUGCAGCAAGGUUCCGAACUAAUGCCCAAAGCCCUUUCCACCAGGAUCGUGGGUGGCAUUUGGUGGUUCUUCACACUGAUCAUCAUUUCAUCGUAUACUGCAAACUUAGCUGCUUUUCUCACGGUAGAGCGCAUGGAAUCUCCUAUUGAUUCAGCAGAUGACUUGGCAAAACAAACCAAGAUAGAGUAUGGAGCAGUUGCAGAUGGAGCCACUGUGACUUUCUUUAAGAAAUCCAAAAUAUCAACCUAUGAGAAGAUGUGGGCCUUCAUGAGCAGCAGACAGCACACAGCGCUUGUCAAAAAUAAUGAAGAGGGAAUCCAACGUGUUUUAACCACAGAUUAUGCCUUGCUAAUGGAGUCAACGACCAUUGAGUUUGUCACACAGAGAAACUGCAAUUUGACACAGAUCGGAGGUCUCAUAGAUUCCAAAGCUUAUGGAGUUGGCACUCCCAUGGGUUCACCGUACAGGGAAAAGAUCACAAUUGCCAUUCUCCAGCUACAAGAGGACGGCAAGUUGCACAUGAUGAAGGAGAAAUGGUGGAGGGGAAAUGGCUGCCCUGAGGAAGAAAGUAAAGAAGCCAGUGCUUUAGGAGUCCAGAACAUUGGGGGCAUCUUUAUAGUACUAGCUGCUGGCCUGGUGCUCUCCAUCUUUGUAGCAGUGGGCGAAUUUCUGUAUAAGUCGAAAAAAAGUGCACAGCUUGAGAAGAGGUCCUUCUGUAGUGCAAUGGUCGAGGAGCUCAGGUUGUCUCUCAAGUGUCAACGACGACUGAAGCACAGGCCUCAGCCACCAGUCAUAGUGAAAACAGAAGAGGUUAUCAACAUGCAUACCUUCAACGACAGGAGAUUGCCUGGAAAGGAAACAAUGGCAUGAAGUGUAGAAAAUCCACACCGAGCACAAACAGCAAUCUUUGUUCCCAAUGACCUGCAAGAGUGUUUCCUGUGGAAAUAUGCAAACCGUGCCGAACAAGCGAGUUACCUCAUGUUGCCGCAUCAAGAAACAGAAGUUACCUACCACAUAAAAACAGGGUGGUCAAAGCCAGAUCCUGAAAACCUUGUGAAGGACCAAAACUUACAAAUAAAUUUUUUUAAAAAGAGCUGAGACUUUUCCCUUUCCUUUCCUCUUCUCAUCCCUCCUUCUCUUUCUCCCCAUGCAGGUAAUAAACUGUGAUAAUAAUGGAAAAGAGAGAAAAAUGGAAAGGAAAGAGAAAACUGAUAUGGAGCUUUAGCUAAAUUAUAAAAAGAGCACAUAGUGCUAAUAAAUGUUCAAAGAUGCACAGAGGGCAUUGAAAUAAUUGAGGCUAAAGAAGAAAGAGAACUGAGAGGCAUAGGAAGCCUGGUGAAACCCUCGUGAUCUCUCAGGUGUUUCGCCAUCAGAAGGCAACACAAGGCAAUAAUUGUUUUCUGUUGAUCUACUUUGUUAAAAGCAGGAUUCAGACUGCAAUGAACCCUCGAAAAAAGAGACUAUUAGACAAUUAAUCUUAUUAAAUGAUGGAUUGUGAAGUACUUUUCAGAACUUGAAUGAUGAGGUAGGGUUUAACGUUUCGGUUUGCAUACCUCGUUGUGGUAACAGAAGAGUGUGUUUUCCCUCCCUGGUUCUUCAGAAUCAGCCCUUUCAAAUUGUGUCACCCACCUACGCCCACAUCCAGCUGAAGUGAUUUGACACCUGACCUUUCAACUCGUGUGGUUCUGCCAAAAUAAAUACGGAUAUAGGAUUGUUCAUUGACAUGAUCCCAUGGUAAUGUUGCAGGAGACUCUUUUGUAGAAUGCACUAAAUCUCAAAUCACCACUGCUACAACUCCUUGUGGGCAGUUUUUCAAGAUGUUCAUGUUUAUUUGUGGAAAUGCAAGAUUUAUAUGAAAAUAGUUUUUGUAUGGAAUUUUUGUAAUAAUUUUUAUCAAAAAAUGAACACUUGGGCACUAAAUCUCAAUGGGUUUCCAUUAGGCUGAUAGCAUACAGUGAUGAACUAUUGUGUGUAAUAAAAGGCAAAGUCUUGGCCAUAUAUUGUGAUAAUAAAUGAAGUCCAUACUGUGUAUUGUCUGAAAUUUAUGCACAAAGAGAAAAAUAAUGGAAUAGAAAAAAUAGUUGACUAUUUCACACUACAUUUAACUCAAUAUUUUGCACAAAAUGUUUGGCCGCCAGUGGAAGUGCGUUGCAUCCCUUCUUCCUCAUGGUAUUAUUUGGCAACUGUUCCAGCAAAAUAACUCACCAAGUACCACAGAGAGUAAAAUAUGAUGUCUUUCCAUUUGCUGAUAUUUGCAGUUACCUAAAAUAGUGUGAAGUAAAUCUAAUUGUGUUAAAUGUCAUCGCAUUGAGAAAUGUCAGAAAAAUCAAAACUAACAUAUUUCAUAUCCUCAAAAUCAGAGAAUGAUAGCCAUUUUUCUCUCUUAUUUAUCUAGAAAAAUUGCUUUGGGUCCUUCACCUCCCACUUCAACCUCAGCCCAUCCUGGCACUUGAUAGUUUCAAUUCUUUUUAGGAAAUACAGAGUUCAUUUCUCCUUGCAAAAAAUCACCACAUAUUUUUGUUAUUGGUAGAAUAGGUGAAGAAGAGUUUCAUGAACUUAGUCCUAAAUUUACCUGCUAAUUGUUUCUUCAUUGUGCCAUUCUCAUAAUAAUUUACUGAAUCUAUGUCUUCCAAAUACAUUUACUAUUUCCUGUCCAUUUGUAAUGUUGCUUCUAAUUCACAUCCAAGGAAAAAUCCACUUUACUUGUUUUCUGCCACACCAUAGAACUUGGGUCAUGGCUGCUGUCAAACAGCCUCCUGGGAGAAUGGAUGAGAGUGGCCUGAAGUGGGCAUAGAACUCAAGCUGUACCCUGACUGGGAUAUUACUGAGCAUGAUUUCUCUGACAUGUGUGGUUGCUUUGGUUACCUGGUGAAAUAUUCUACUUGCAUUAUUGGUUGUAGUAUUUGAACAUCGAACAUUGAGUGAACAAAGAACACUUGAUCAAUGUCAACUUCCCUGCUAGCCAUUUUUAAAAUUAUUCCUGGAAUUAAUAUAUUUUUAUUUUUGUCUGAUUUCAGUAUCCUAAAGUUAUUCUGUUUGCAUUUGGGGAAUAAUUCUCUAUGUCUACACUUCUGGUGGGGAGUUGAGCACAUUGGACAGAAUCAUUGAUGAUUCAGGUAUUCACUAAGUACAAUCUUUAUAUUACAUAUUUUCAUAUUCCUUUACAACAUAAAAGAGUGACCAUUCUUCCCAUUGAAUUUAUGCUGACUCUCAAUGUAAUCCCUUCAAUCUCAUUCCCAAACUACCUCCCUGUAAUUUACAUUCUAUUAUAAGAUUUGCCCAUCAACUUCCCUAAUUCCCUGUCUUUCACCAAAUGUAACAUAUAGUAGUCCAUUAAUCUACCAAUCUGCAUUUCUUUGAAAUGCUGGGGGGGAUGCAACUGGAGCAUCAUUGGGAGCACAUGCAUAUUCCUUACAGACAGCACCAGAGGUCAAGAUCAAACAUGAGUCCACUCAGGUGUGAGUCAGCAGGAUUAUCUGGCCUAGAAAUAACUAUACUAUCCCUGUUCUGAUAAAUUAAAUUCAGAGAAUAAAGCUGGACAUGACCAAAUUUUCCUAUUCUUUCUCAGACUCCCUACAUCCAAAGCAAAAUCACGUUACUCCAUUAUCCAUGGAAUCUAUCCUCAGAUUUAGUUAACUCCAAAUGUGAUGCAACACUCUCUCUCUCUCUCUCC